GCGCCCUCCCCUCCCCCCGCCGGCGCGCACGGGGCCCCGGCCCGCUUCCCGCCCUCCGGGGGCUCCGCAGCCAUGGGCUCGGGGCGCGUGCCCGGGCUCUGCCUGCUCGUCCUGCUGGUCCACGCCCGCGCCGCCCAGCACGGCAAAGCCUCGCCAGAUGUGGAUGAGUGUGUGGAGGGGACUGACCACUGCCACAUUGAUGCCAUCUGCCAGAACACCCCGCGGUCCUACAAGUGCAUCUGCAAGUCGGGCUACACCGGUGACGGCAAGCACUGCAAAGAUGUGGAUGAGUGUGAGCGCGAGGACAAUGCAGGCUGUGUGCAUGACUGCGUCAACAUCCCCGGCAAUUACCGCUGCACCUGCUACGACGGGUUCCACCUGGCGCAUGACGGACACAACUGCCUAGACGUGGACGAGUGUGCUGAGGGCAAUGGCGGCUGUCAGCAGAGUUGUGUCAACAUGAUGGGCAGCUACGAGUGCCACUGCCGGGAGGGCUUCUUCCUCAGCGACAACCAGCACACCUGCAUCCAGCGGCCCGAAGAAGGAAUGAACUGCAUGAACAAGAAUCAUGGCUGCGCCCACAUUUGCCGUGAGACCCCCAAGGGGGGUAUUGCCUGUGAAUGCCGUCCUGGCUUUGAGCUCACCAAGAACCAACGGGACUGUAAAUUGACCUGCAACUAUGGUAAUGGCGGCUGCCAGCACACGUGCGAUGACACGGAGCAGGGCCCCCGUUGUGGCUGCCACGUCAAGUUUGUGCUCCAUACCGAUGGGAAGACGUGCAUCGGGGAAAGGCGGCUAGAGCAGCACACCCCCCCUCAGGCCGUUUCUAAUGAGACCUGUGCUGUCAACAAUGGAGGCUGCGACAGUAAGUGCCACGAUGCAGCCACGGGCGUCCACUGUAGCUGCCCGGUGGGCUUCAUGCUGCAGCCAGACAGGAAGACCUGCAAAGACAUUGACGAGUGCCGACUGAACAAUGGGGGCUGCGACCACCUUUGCCGCAACACAGUGGGCAGCUUCGAAUGCAGCUGCAAGAAGGGCUAUAAGCUUCUCAUCAAUGAGAGGAACUGCCAGGAUAUAGAUGAGUGCUCCUUUGACCGAACCUGUGACCACAUGUGUGUCAACACUCCAGGAAGCUUCCAGUGUCUCUGCCAUCGUGGCUACCUGCUCUAUGGCGUCACCCACUGCGGUGAUGUGGAUGAAUGCAGCAUCAACCAGGGAGGCUGCCGCUUUGGUUGCAUCAACACCCCUGGCAGCUACCAGUGUACCUGUCCAGCCGGCCAGGGCCGCCUACACUGGAAUGGCAAAGAUUGUACAGAGCCAGUGAAGUGUCAGGGAAGCCCUGGAGCCUCGAAAGCCAUGCUCAGCUGCAAUCGGUCCGGCAAGAAGGACACCUGUGCCCUGACCUGCCCCUCCCGGGCCCGGUUUUUGCCAGAGUCCGAGAAUGGCUUCACAGUGAGUUGUGGUACCCCGAGUCCCAAGGCUGCCCCGGCCCGAGCCAGCCACCCUGGGAACAGCACCAGUUCCAGCCACUGCCAUGAGGCUGCAGCCCUGUCAGUUAAGCAACGGGCCUCCUUCAAGAUCAAGGACGCCAAGUGCCGUUUACACCUGCGAAACAAAGGCAAAGCUGAGGAAGCCGGCAGAGCCCCAGGGCCAGGUGGCGCCCCCUGUGCCGAGUGCCAGGUCACCUUCAUCCAUCUCAAGUGUGACUCCUCUCGGAAGGGCAAGGGCCGGAGGGCCCGGACCCCUCCAGGCAAGGAGGUCACCCGGCUCACCCUGGAACUGGAGGCGGAAGUGAGAGCUGAAGAAACCACAGCCAGCUGUGGGUUGCCCUGCCUCCGCCAGCGGAUGGAACGGCGGCUGAAGGGGUCCCUGAAGAUGCUCAGAAAAUCCAUCAACCAGGACCGCUUCCUGCUGCGCCUGGCAGGCCUUGACUACGAGCUAGCCCACAAGCCCGGCCCGGCGGCUGGAGAGCGCGCAGAGCCGGCGGAGACCUGCAGGCCCGGGCAGCACCGUGCUGGGGCCAAGUGUGUCAGCUGCCCGCAGGGAACGUAUUACCACGGCCAGACGGAGCAGUGUGUGCCAUGCCCGGCGGGCACCUUCCAGGAGAGAGAAGGGCAGCUCUCCUGCGACCUUUGCCCUGGGAGUGAUGCCCACGGGCCUCUUGGAGCCACCAACAUCACCACGUGUGCAGGUCAGUGCCCACCUGGCCAACACUCUGCGGACGGGUUCAAGCCCUGCCAGCCAUGCUCAAGGGGCACCUACCAACCUGAAGCAGGACGGACUCUGUGCUUCCCGUGUGGGGGAGGCCUCACCACCAAGCAUGAGGGGGCUGUCUCCUUCCAAGACUGUGACACCAAAGUCCAGUGCUCCCCUGGGCACUACUACAACACCAGCAUCCACCGGUGUAUCCGAUGUCCCAUGGGCUCCUACCAGCCAGACUUCCGUCAGAACUUCUGCACUCGCUGUCCGGGAAAUACAAGCACUGACUUUGAUGGAUCUACCAGCGUGGCCCAGUGCAAGAAUCGCCUGUGUGGUGGGGAGCUAGGUGAGUUCACUGGCUAUAUCGAGUCUCCCAACUACCCGGGCAACUACCCAGCUGGCGUGGAGUGCAUCUGGAACAUCAACCCCCCACCCAAGCGCAAGAUCCUUAUCGUGGUACCCGAGAUCUUCCUGCCAUCCGAGGACGAGUGUGGGGACGUCCUCGUCAUGAGAAAGAACUCCUCCCCAUCCUCCAUCACCACGUACGAGACCUGCCAGACCUAUGAGCGGCCCAUCGCCUUCACUGCCCGCUCCCGGAAGCUCUGGAUCAACUUCAAGACCAGUGAGGCCAACAGCGCCCGCGGCUUCCAGAUCCCCUACGUGACCUAUGACGAGGACUAUGAGCAGCUGGUAGAAGACAUUGUGCGGGAUGGCCGGCUCUAUGCCUCUGAAAACCACCAAGAGAUCUUAAAGGACAAGAAGCUCAUCAAGGCCUUCUUCGAGGUGUUGGCCCACCCCCAGAACUACUUCAAGUACACAGAGAAACACAAGGAGAUGUUGCCAAAAUCCUUCAUCAAGCUGCUCCGGUCCAAAGUUUCCAGCUUCCUGAGGCCCUACAAAUAGUGCCCGCAGCCCAAGGACUCAGGUUUUGGAGUCCCCCGACUCCUCAGCCCUCAGCGCCGGCAGCCCCCAACCUUAGACAAGGAACUCUCUCCUCUCUUUGGAGGAACUAUCACUACACAGACCAGGCACUCCUCCCUUUCUGUGCCUCACUUCCUUCUCUCUCCCUCCCUCCCUCCCUCCCUCCCUCCCUCCCUCCCUUCCUCCCUCUUCCUCCCUCCCUCUCUCUCUCUCUCUCUCUCUCUCUCUCUGUCUCCCUUUGUCUUCCUCCUCCCCCACUGGUCUUCUAGGGAAUGGGGAUGGGUAAGAAGGACUUCUUGCCAUAAAGGGUUGUGCCUUGCCAGUCAGGAGGCAGAACCUCUCCUACUGUGUUUCCCAGGGUUUUUGCCAAAGAAGCCUUUAACUCAACUGGCUUAAUGCCAGCCCCGGGCUGCAGGGCACAGAUUUUGAGCCCUGGGCUGCCCACACAGCUGGCUUUCUUGUCCAUACAGCUCCUCACUUUGCUCUGCUGCAUGUCUGUCUGCCUGGGAUCUACUCCAUAAGGGUUUACAAAUGGUCCACACACCCCUGGGCUGGUGGACACUAGCUGAACGAGGACUUGCAGGACAUUACCAUGCACACCCGUGCCCUGCCACGGCUCUAGAGAGCAAGGCUACAGCUCUGCCGGACAGAAAGCAGGUUUCUAAAUCAUUGCCCCAAAGAAGAAAAGUGAAAGAAAGAAGGAAAGAAAAAAGAAGGAAGGGAAGAAAGAAAGAAAGAAAGAAAGAAAGAAAGAAAGAAAGAAAGAAAGAAAGAAAGAAAGAGAGGAAGGAAGGAAGAAAGAUCUACAGAACACUUGGAAGCCAGCCUCCGACGACGCUCGUAGCUUUUCUAACUUGUCUUCCCCGGCCCAGCCCUGCCCUCAUCCCAGCCUCGUGCUCCCUAGGGGAGCCCCACUCCCCUUGCUCAAUGUUGUCCUUAAAGAAACCUGGCUGCUGCCUGGCCCCAGCCUGGACCUUGCCCCACAGUUGUCUUCCCCUUGUAGCUCCAGGUGGCCUGUGGGUUCCCCCAAAGAAGACCCCUCUCUGCAGCCGGCCUGGAGCUGCCUACCUCUGGCCUUGGGCAGUGGGCAGCAAGACGAGCAGGCGUGCACUUGGCGAGCCUCCUGCCCACCCUGUCCACAUGUAAUAAGUGCAAUCAUUUUGACCCUUUCUGUGUUGUCUAGAGGAGGGAGGGUUUUUGUGUUCUGGUUUUAUUUUUGUUUUUGUUGUUUUUGUUUCUUUUUCCUUCUUAGAACAACCCUAUUUAUAGCUGCCCAAGAAAGAAGAGUGUGAUCGGAAUGGAAGAGUAUCCAUUUUGAAUCUCAUGAACCUUGAGUGCUGGAGCAUCUCUGCCCCACCAGUGGCCGCCCACUGUGCUAGGGCCCUCUGCUGGGCCAACCUGGGGCUCAGAGGACAGUCUUCUGGGGACCUGAUGGAACCGAAAAGAAAGGGACUGUGUGCUAAACCAAUCCUGCUUCCCUAUGCCACUCCAUGACUUCAGCAUGACCCUUGUGAUUGUACGGGCAGGUGGGAUUGGUCAGUGACUCUAUUGCAAGUAGGGGAAACCUCACGUAGUCCUGCUUUUAUCAUGAUUUCCCCGGUAUGCUCAUGGAAGAGGACCAGGCCAAAUGCCCAGGGACAAGCCAACUCGGGUUCCCAAGGCCAGACAAAGCUGUAGUAAUUAGGAACAGGGUAGUUCCCCUGGCACGAAGCCAGUGCUCUGCCUGACACUUGUCACUUCCCACUUGAGAGUUGACUUCAAGCCUGUUUCUUGAAGGAAGAAGGAUCAAGUCAAUGCCCAAACUUAGAUCCUGCAUAUUCUACCCUGAAUUCAACUUAUGUCUGGAGUCCCCCAUCCCACCCCACCCCCAAUCAGUAGCAUUCACCUGCAAGAACAUAGGCCUUAGCAGUGGGCAGCCAAUGGCAGAGUUCCACUUCUUGACAUGUUGGUUGGGAAUGGACUUCUGUCUUUGUCUCUCCUGGUCACCAUUGCAAAGAUGUUAAAUGGCUACAUCCAAGCUGGGGAAAUGGUCAUUUAGUAUGGAUGACCACACUUUCCAUGAAGCACCGUGAAAACGGAAUCAAAUUUGACCAUCCUAAUUCUCUAUUAGAAGCAUUUCACUUUGGUUCCUCUCUCCCUACCAUUUUGCAUCUCUCUUGGAAAGCCAAACAGUGAGGCUGAGUCCCAAUUUAUACUUUUAGGGUUUGGCUUCUCCUUUCUCCCUCUUUUCCCCUACCCUACCGUACAUACACAUAAAGUAUAUAUUCUUUAGUCAUUUAUGUCAUGGCUUGUGGAAAGGGUAGAUUACUAGGUUCUUAACUGAUGGCAAGACAGAUCUAGAUGAGUAGAUGAAUAUUUGGUCUUGUCCACUAAGUUUAAUUAGGUGAUCCAAGUUGGGCAUUAAGAAUCCAGGCUUAGCUGCUGCUGAACCUAAAGAGGAAACUGGUCCUGGGCAUCAGACUAGGGGACACGUGGACUGAAUAAGGAGUCAACACUCAGGGACUCUCUAGGCUUCACAGACAGAUGAGAAAGAUAUUUCCACUGGUAAGCGAGGGGAGUGGGAAGACGGUGUAAAUAGGAAUCCUUCAUGAGCUAAUCCAGGGCCCUUCCUGCAGGAUGGGGUGCUUGUGGGGUCAUGGAACUAUGGGCCCUCCUUUGUUUUAGUACAAAAAUGGUCCUGAUCUGAGUCCGGCCAUGGAAAGCUAUUUCCAUGAGAACUCCAAGUGCCAAGUGACUUAGAAAGUGAUCCAAGUGUUUUGGAAAGGCACUUAUAUCCUCUGAAGCACUGUGAUGUCUGUACUUCUCCACCUCUCCCUCUGCAUGGUCAGGCCAGGCGCACCCCUAAACCUUAGGGGAUUCUCAGUAGGGAGAAAACUGUCCAGAGCCCAGACUUGCGCCGCCCGCCCCAGGCCUAGAGAUCCCCAAAGGCUGGACACGGAACUGACUGCUCAGAUUCCUCCCAAGAUUCGGUCAAUUUGUGGUGAUGGAAAUGCAGAUUUGUUGGUGAAAUUUCAGUAAUAUAAUUCUGAUCUUUGGCCCUAUAAUGAAAUGUUUUUCUUUCUUCUUUUUUGUUAAUCUGAGAAGUGUUCUCCAUAUGCAUGUUUGAGGUAACUCUGGAAUAGAUUAUGAGGUCAUUAUCUCAAUAUGUCAAAAAGAACAUUAUAGAGCAUUCAAACGUUUGCAUAACUACAUUCUGACAGUCUCAAACUAAGGGAACAAGACAGUAUGGACCGACCAGAGGCAGAAAAUGCCAAGCUGUCUGUUUCUCUUUAGCACAAGAAAGAGAGGAAGGAAACAACACCUUUAAACUUGACCCUCCAUGAAGGUAGUAUACCCUGACCUUGGGCCACACUAUUUGAUUAAGAAUCCUGUAGGAAAAAAUAUUAUGAGAGGAAACAGAAGCCCGGUUCUGUUAUUAGCCCAUCAAGAUGGUACAGAACUUUGCUCUACUGUGCAAGUUGAACUGAAGUUUCAGAGAAGAAUCAUUUUGUGGAAGGCUUAUUUUCUAACACAGAAAAAAAAUCUCAAAAAAAAACAACAACCCUGUCUUUAUAUCUGCCCUCCACUGCUGCCAAUAUAGCAAGCAUCUCCUUACACAAUCAAGAGUAAACAACAAAUGAUGCAGUUCCUAGAGUAUUUUGCACUUGGGGAAAAAUAUGUAUCUGAACUUGUAAAAUGCAAUGUUUGGAUUUUGUAUUGUUUUUUAUUAUUAUUAUUAUUAAAAUCCUAAAUGAAACU